AUGCGUGUUGAUAUCGAUACUGGGCCAAGUAUUGAUCAGAUAACAGAAGCAUUUUACAACUGCGACGAGUGGUCUCGGGAUGAUCGCAUGCGGCUGGGAUACCUUGCCAUCUACGCAGGGUACAUCGAAGGGAAAAAGUUCUCAUCCGCUACAUCAGCUAGUCUUGCAAGGCUAGUGAUGGAUUUAGAAAAAUUUGAGAAUUAUCCAUGGGGGAGAGUGGCGUUUAAGGUGCUGAUGGAUUCUCUGAAGGCAAAAGACUUGACGCAAACUGGUUACACUGUUGAUGGGUUCAUACAAGUGCUCCAAGUGUGGGCAUACUAUGCUCUGCCAGAAUUGGGUGCUAAUUAUGGGUCUCCCGUACCAAACAGACCGUCUCCACUGUUGCUGGCUUACAAGGGUGGCAAAAGACAACGCAAAUUUUUUAAGACUGCUAUCAAUAAACAGACUAUCGUGAAGAACUUCGUUCAGAAGGAUUUUGAUGAAAUGUUUCCAAAAUGGGACGGAGACGUAGAUGACCCUGCCGCGGAUAACAUAAUUAAAGUCAUGUUUAAUGAUCCUGGAUGGGAGUGGACCAUGGAAUGCUGGCCAGUCACCGGUACUCGCAAGGUUGUGAAGAUGGAAGUGAUUCCAGUGAAGAAUGAAGUGAGUCCCGUGAAGUCAGAGAGUGUUGUGAAGGAAGAAAGUAGCAGACCUCGGAAGAAAGCUCGUAAAGGGUCUUCUGUUUCUGCUGAGACACCUGCGGCGGGUAGUGAAGGUCAGCAGAUUGAAAAGACCUUGAAGGACAUAUCUGAUGCCAUUAAUCUUGGCUUUGGGACGUGUCUUAAGGAGCUCAAGUUACUGGCGGAUAGGAUUGAAGCUGUGGAGAAGAAGGUGGGAAUCACCAACAGAGGGGGUUCAUCUGAUGAUCGUCAACUUACAACCACUUCAAAUCCACCAAAACCUGUUGACGAACCCGGGGUUAGUACCAAAACCUCUCCCAAAAUUGCAGAGAAGAGAGUCACUAGGCAAUGUGUUAGGAAGAGUCAGGACUGA